GCUUUCCUCCCCCUGCGCCUGAACCUCCCGUCCGGGCUCAAUUGCACCCGUCUAUCAGCUUAAAUUCAACCCUACGUUCAACAUUCCUCUUCUAGCUAAGCUCUCGUUCCCAGCCAUGUCUGGUUUUGAUCAAGCAACCUCGCUGGGCGCCUGGAAGGCCCUCGAGGAGCACCAUAGCUCUGCGGGCAAGGACAUUUCUCUAAAGGAAGAGUUCCAGAAGGAUCCCCAGCGAUUCAGCAAGUUCUCCCGCACGUUCAACAACCCCGCAGACGGCUCUGAAAUCCUGUUUGACUUCUCCAAGAACCUGAUCACCGAUGAGACCCUCAAGCUCCUCGUCAACCUGGCCAAGGAAGCUGGUGUCGAGAAGCUUCGCGAUGAGAUGUUCAACGGUGAUCCGAUAAACUUUACUGAGAAUCGUGCCGUCUACCAUGUUGCCCUGCGCAACGUGUCCAAUGGGCCCAUGCAGGUCAACGGGAAGAGUGUCGUGGAGGAGGUCAAUAGCGUUUUGCAGCACAUGAAGGAGUUCUCAGAGCAGGUUAGAAGCGGAGAAUGGAAAGGAUAUACUGGAAAGAAGAUCAAGACUAUCAUCAACGUCGGAAUUGGCGGUUCUGAUCUCGGUCCAGUUAUGGUCGCAGAGGCUCUAAAGCCAUAUGCUGACCGCAGCCUUACGGUGCACUUUGUCUCGAACAUCGACGGAACACACAUCGCUGAAGCACUGAAAGAAUCCGACCCUGAAACCACCCUCUUCCUGAUCGCGUCCAAGACUUUCACGACCGCCGAAACGAUCACAAACGCUCAAACCGCAAAGGCCUGGUUCCUCGCGACAGCUAGAGACGAAGCCCAUAUCGCUAAGCAUUUCGUCGCUCUCUCAACCAAUGAAGCUGAAGUCACAAAGUUUGGUAUCGACAAGAGGAACAUGUUCGGUUUCGAGUCGUGGGUGGGCGGUCGGUACUCCGUGUGGAGCGCAAUUGGCUUGUCCGUUGCUCUUUACAUCGGCUUUGACAACUUCCACCAGUUCCUUGCUGGUGCCCAUGCUAUGGAUAAACAUUUCAGGGAGACUCCCCUCGAACAGAAUAUUCCGGUUCUCGGAGGCCUUUUGAGCGUUUGGUAUAGUGAUUUCUUUGGCGCUCAGACUCACCUGGUUUCGCCGUUUGACCAGUACCUACACCGAUUCCCUGCCUACCUCCAGCAGCUCUCGAUGGAAAGUAAUGGCAAGGCCAUCACCCGAUCCGGCGACUUUGUCAAAUACACCACCGGUGCUAUCUUGUUUGGCGAGCCUGCCACCAAUGCCCAGCACAGCUUCUUCCAGCUUCUCCACCAAGGCACGAAGCUCAUCCCAGCCGACUUUAUCAUGGCUGCGGAAUCACACAACCCCGUCGAAAACGGCAAGCAUCAGCGCAUGCUUGCUUCCAACUUCCUCGCUCAAGCUGAAGCUCUGAUGGUCGGAAAGUCUCCCGACCAAGUUCGGGCCGAAGGAGCGCCAGAAAACCUCGUUCCUCACAAGACCUUCACAGGUAACCGCCCGACAACCUCUAUCCUCGCUCAGAAGAUCACUCCCGCCGCUCUGGGCGCUCUCAUCGCAUAUUACGAGCAUGUCACCUUCACCGAGGGCGCCGUCUGGAAUAUCAACUCGUUCGACCAGUGGGGAGUCGAGCUUGGCAAGGUCCUUGCAAAGAAGAUCCAAAGCGAGCUGGAGACAAAGGGCGCAGGAAGCGGCCACGAUGCUUCCACAAGUGGGCUGAUUGCCGCUUACAAGAAGAAGGCCGGUCUUCUGUAAACCUAUCAGCAGUAGACCAAUUCAGCACUACAAGAUAGUUUUGUGCAUAUAGCUAUGUAUUAAGCAUAGUGUUGUGAAUUAAUAAAAACUCUUGACAAAACCGGAUGAGUGUACGUUUGCCCUUAAAAAGCACUCUGUACUCUGUAAAGUCAGGGUGAAUAAAAAUAUUUUGGAUCAAUCAGCAUGGGGCUAGUGUCAUCAGUGUGUGGUUGAAAUGCGGCGCAUGGAACCUGUGAUUCGUUUCAAUAUUUCGUUUUUUCUUGAAGCUUCUUACC